CCCCCCCCUCCCCUUCUGAGUGCAGUUUCUGGCGGCGGCUGAUCGGGAAGAUGACGGAGUACAAGCUGGUGGUGGUUGGAGCAGGAGGUGUCGGCAAGAGCGCAUUGACCAUCCAACUCAUACAGAACCACUUUGUGGAUGAAUACGACCCCACGAUCGAGGACUCGUACAGGAAGCAGGUGGUCAUCGACGGGGAGACGUGUUUGCUGGACAUCCUCGACACGGCCGGCCAAGAGGAGUACAGCGCCAUGCGAGACCAGUACAUGCGCACCGGGGAGGGUUUCCUGUGUGUCUUCGCCAUCAAUAAUACCAAGUCGUUUGAAGACAUCCACCAGUACAGGGAGCAGAUCAAACGGGUGAAGGAUUCCGAUGACGUUCCGAUGGUUUUAGUGGGGAACAAGUGUGACCUUCCGUCCCGGACUGUGGAGACACGGCAAGCGCAGGAUCUGGCCCGGAGCUACGGCAUUCCUUACAUCGAAACCUCGGCCAAAACCAGGCAGGGGGUGGAGGACGCCUUCUACACCUUGGUCCGAGAGAUAAGCCAACACAAAGUGAGGAAGUCGAACCCGCCGGAUGAGAGUGGCCAGGACUGUAACAACUGUAAAUGUGUCCUCUUGUGACCAGGGUCCCUGGAGCAGCGGACAUACGGCCAUCGCUACGCCGUGGGAGGGGCGGUGGCGGGGGCUGGCGUGUGGGCGGUGCUGGAGUCGGGCAUGGCGCGGGGUCCCGUUCACCCAUACCCCUGCCCACCCUGGCCUCUGGAGAUACACAAACCUCUGCCCACCUCGUGACACUAAAUCGACCCCCAACACCACCCCCUCCCCUCCCCUGGUGUCCACUGUGGCCACACACUGUCCCUCUCGGCACCCCAGACCCCAACUCCACACUGUGCCAGGGCUGCCCACCGCGGGCAGUGUGGACUUUACUGAAUUAGGGCCGCAGAUUGUUUGCUGGCACUGGAAACAGGCAUGGGGCGGGGGGGGGGGAGGUGUAGCAAUGGGGGAUGCUGAGAGCCGUUCGUUCCCUUUGUGAAUCAGCGAAGCAACUCUGAGCCUCCCCCGUGGACACUCUCCACUGGCAUGGGCAGAGAUGCCCGAACCCAGGACACUUCCCCUCUGGCCAACCCCAUCCCCCCCCCCCCCCCCCCCCCUGCAUCCACUGGGACCCCCUCUCUGCUGCCCACACUAUUCCUCACACAGUCUCCGGUCGGUCAGGAUGGAGGGGCGUUCCACACUCUCCUCUCCCUCUCUGUAUCCCUUCAUUGCCAAACUGAGCCCUGGGCAGGUGUUGACUCCUCUCUGGGGCAGUUCGAUCUCCUGAUUUCCCCAUCCCGGAGC